GCGCGGCCGGCAGGGCCUCACGACCCUGCGCCGUGCCGCGGAGGGCGCGCUUGACUGACAGGCGGCGGUGGCGCGGUUGCGACGGCAGGUUCCCUGCCAGAGGCCUGCACCCACCCUGCCCCACCACAGCCCACCUCUGUUGGCUGUCACUGGAGAAUUUGGAUGGUGGCUGCUUCCUGGAGCUGUCGCUUUAUACAGGUGAGCCCAGGCCAGCAUGGGGGACUCCAGGGACCCUUGCCCUCAUCUUGACUCUAUAGGGGAGGUGACCAAAGAGGACUUGCUGCUCAAAUCCAAGGGCACCUGUCAGUCGUGCGGUGUUGCGGGACCCAACCUGUGGGCCUGUCUCCAGGUCUCUUGCUCCUACGUUGGCUGUGGAGAAUCCUUCGCCGACCACAGCACCAUCCAUGCGCAGGUAAAAACGCACAACCUGACAGUGAACCUGACCACGUUCCGGGUAUGGUGUUAUGCCUGUGAGAAGGAGGUGUUUCUGGAGCAGCGGCUGGCAGCCCACCCGCCGGGCCCCUUGCCCAAGUUCUCAGAGCAGGACUCGCCACCGCCACCCUGCCACCCUCUGAAAGCUGUCCCCAUUGCUGUGGCCGACGAAGGCGAGUCCGAGUCCGAGGACGACGACCUCAAACCUCGAGGCCUCACGGGCAUGAAGAACCUGGGGAACUCCUGCUACAUGAACGCGGCCCUGCAGGCGCUGUCCAAUGGUAGCCCCCCGCUGACGCAGUUUUUCUUGGAGUGUGGCGGCCUGGUGCGCACAGACAAGAAGCCAGCCCUGUGCAAAAGUUACCAGAAGCUGGUCACGGAGGUCUGGCACAGAAAACGCCCCAGCUACGUGGUUCCCACCAGCCUGUCCCACGGGAUCAAGUUGGUCAACCCGAUGUUCCGAGGCUAUGCCCAGCAGGACACCCAGGAGUUCCUGCGCUGCCUGAUGGACCAGCUGCACGAGGAGCUCAAGGAGCCCAGGGUGGCGGCGGCGCUGCCGGAGGCUCGGGACUCGGACUCGAGCGACUCGGAUGAGAAGCGGGAGGGCGACCGGAGCCCGUCGGAGGACGAGUUCCUGUCCUGCGACUCCAGCAGCGACCGAGGCGAGGGCGAUGGGCAGGGCCGUGGCGGGGGCGGCUCGCCGGCCGAGACGGAGCUGCUGAUCCCGGACGAGGCGGGCCGCGCCAUCUCCGAGAAGGAACGCAGGAAGGACCAGUUCUCCUGGGGCCAGCAGCGCACCAGCUCGGAGCAGGUGGACGAGGACGCCGACGUGGACACCGCCAUGGCCGCCCUCGACCAGCAGCCCACGGACACGCAGCCACCGUCGCCGCGGUCCACCAGCCCCUGCCGGACGCCAGAGCCGGACAACGAGGCCCACAUGCGCAGUGCCUCUCGCCCCUGCAGCCCCGUCCACCACCACGAGGGCCACGCCAAGCUGGCCGGCAGCCCUCCCCGCGCGAGCCCCGUGAGGAUGGGUCCGUCGUACGUGCUCAAGAAAGCCCAGGUACCGAGCACAGGCAGCCGGCGGCGGAAGGAGCAGCAGUACCGCAGCGUCAUCUCAGACAUCUUCGAUGGCUCCAUCCUCAGCCUCGUGCAGUGCCUCACCUGCGACAGGGUGUCCACCACGGUGGAGACGUUCCAGGACCUGUCCCUGCCCAUCCCUGGCAAGGAGGACCUGGCCAAGCUCCACUCGGCCAUCUACCAGAAUGUGCCGGCCAAGCCAGGGGCCUGUGGGGACAGCUACGCCGCCCAGGGCUGGCUUGCCUUUAUCGUGGAGUAUAUCCGACGGUUUGUGGUAUCCUGUACCCCCAGCUGGUUUUGGGGGCCAGUCGUCACCCUGGAAGACUGCCUGGCUGCCUUCUUCGCUGCUGAUGAGCUGAAGGGUGACAACAUGUACAGCUGUGAGCGGUGUAAAAAGCUGCGCAACGGGGUGAAGUACUGUAAGGUCCUGCAGCUGCCCGAGAUCCUGUGCAUUCACCUGAAGCGCUUUCGGCACGAGGUGAUGUAUUCAUUCAAAAUCAGCAGCCACGUCUCCUUCCCCCUCGAGGGGCUCGACCUGCGCCCCUUCCUCGCCAAAGAGUGCACGUCCCAGAUCACCACCUACGACCUCCUCUCCGUCAUCUGCCACCACGGCACGGCAGGCAGUGGUCACUACAUCGCCUACUGCCAGAACGUGAUCAACGGGCAGUGGUACGAGUUCGACGACCAGUACGUGACCGAGGUCCACGAGACGCUGGUGCAGAACGCCGAGGCCUACGUGCUCUUCUACAGGAAGAGCAGCGAGGAGGCCUUGCGGGAGCGCCAGCAGGUGGUGUCCCUGGCCGCCAUGCGGGAGCCCAGCCUGCUGCGGUUCUACGUGUCCCGGGAAUGGCUCAACAAGUUCAACACCUUCGCCGAGCCGGGGCCCAUCACCAACCACACCUUCCUCUGCUCCCACGGAGGCAUCCCGCCCAACAAAUACCACUACAUCGACGACCUGGUGGUGAUCCUGCCCCAAAACGUCUGGGAGCAUCUGUACAACAGGUUUGGGGGCGGCCCUGCCGUGAACCACCUGUACGUGUGCUCCAUCUGCCAGGUGGAGAUCGAGGCGCUGGCCAAGCGCAGGCGGAUCGAGAUUGACACCUUCAUCAAGCUGAACAAGGCGUUCCAGGCCGAGGAGUCGCCCAGCGUCAUCUACUGCAUCAGCAUGCAGUGGUUCCGGGAGUGGGAGGCCUUUGUCAAGGGGAAGGACAACGAGCCCCCCGGGCCCAUUGACAACAGCAGGAUCGCCCAGGUCAAAGGCAGCGGCCACAUCCAGCUGAAGCAGGGAGCUGACUACGGGCAGAUCUCAGAGGAGACCUGGGUGUACCUGCUCAGCCUGUACGGCGGCGGCCCCGAGAUCGCCAUCCGCCAGAGCGUGGCCCAGCUCCAGGACCCGGAGAGCCUACACGGGGAGCAGAAAAUCGAAGCUGAGACGCGGGCCGUGUGACCUGCUGGGCCAGCCUGCCCCCACCUUUGCCCUCCUCCCUCCGGAGGGUGUGUCUGUACCCAGAUGAGAGGCCGGCCGCCGGGAAACGCGGAUGUAAAGAGGCAGAAAGUUGUUUUGGUUCACAGUGAGUAGCGCCGCAGCUCGGAAAUACACCCACUUCAGGCUUGUUUAAACGACCCAGGCUCCGCGACCGUCCCUCGGGUCCUUGUCUCGGCAGUGCCCUCUGUCACUGCCGUCCUCGUGUCCCCCAAACCUGCCGUCUCGCUAGCUCGGGCCCAGCUUCUGUCCCUGGAGCGCUCGGUCAGGGGCCGCGGCCUUGGGACGGAGGGUCGGGGUGGCGUAGCUGCCCCGCUGCCCAGGCGUCUCCCUGGGGUGCCUGGUCCGGCACCCAGCUCCCAGGUAGAGCCGGCGAGCAGGGUGCUGCGCGUUCUGCAGAGAGGACGCGGCCGCUGGUCACCGUAGCCAGCCCCUGAGGCCCCGCUUCGCCCCUGCGCCUCCCGUUGUCCCCGAAGCCCCCGCAUCCUGGGCGGCUGUCAGUGUUCUUCCUGCAGACUGAUGACUCUGGACGCCCGCGCAGUUGGGACCGGAGGGCAGGGGUGGCUUCCCUUCAAUGGGGACGUUUCUGGGGGCAGCUGGUCCCUGCGCCCUGUGCUGCUGAGCUGGCCGUGGAGGGGCUGUAACGCACCCCUGCCAGGGCCCCAGAUGGUGGCACAGAAAUACCUCGCGUUGCCGUGUUUGCUGCUCACCCAGCUUCCCCGGGGGCCGAUGCUAGAGAAGCCGUACGCCCGCCACCUCCCCCCCUCCGCCCCCUGACACUGCUGCGCGGCCUAGAGCCCCGGGCCAGGCAGGUGCCGUCCUGAGCCAGCUCUCCCGCGCCAGUCCCCUAAGUGCAUCCUCUGGACGUCCAGCGAGGCCACGGCUAGGCCGCUGGGACCGGGAGCACAGCAGGUGGCACUGAAGCCCCUGGGACGAGACAGCCGGGGUGAGACGCUCACCUCGCCAGGGCCAAAGUGAAUUUGGGGUGGGGAAGCAGUCCUGGGGCCAAGCCCCCCACAUACUGUGGCCUUCAGUCUCCCUAGAAGCAGAUGCCAGUGGAAAUUCCAGCAGGUGGUUCGGGCAGAGCCCCCGCCCCACACCCACAAGCUCUCAUAACAUGUCACUCGCUUCUGUGAUCUCAUUUCACCGCAUCUGGUUCCUUCCCCGCUGAGGCAGCAUGUGAGCAAAGAACAAGCCACGGCUGCAACUUCUGGACAUUUGCCAUGGUCCUUGGAAAGCUGCUGCUGCAGCCAGCGGUGACCCCCCUGCAGAGCCCGGCGGCCGCAUGUUGCACCGUUUGUGACGUAGACUCCUCUGUGCAGCCUGUAAUCUCGUCCCACGUCUGCGCCGUCUAGUUUGUGCUCAGAAUGUCAUAAUAAAUGCAUAACAUUCCCUGCU